GACACGUUGUGUGUGGAGAGUGAAUUGCGAACUUGGGCCCGAGUACCACCAGGGCGAUCGUCCUUGUCCACGACUGCUACGUCACCACCCCGAACAUGGCUGCUGCAACUCAAACCGCGCGCACCUCCCCCCAGAACUCGAAGAUGUCCUCCCCCAAGGACAGCAAAGGUACCCUUCCUAUCGUGACUAAGACCGAAGAGCCUGCAGACAUCAAGACAGAUACCAAGGAAAUUCCUACCGUAGCUGAGCCAGCCAAUACAGACGUAAAGCCUGCGACGACCAAUGCAGCACCGCUGGCACCUCCCCCUAAGCCAACAACAACAACAAGUGACACACCCGACUACUUCAACACUGUACACAACCCCUUCUCACUGGAGCCCAACGUUUUCGAGCAGUCCUUCGGCGGCAACGGCUCUGUAGAAACACCUGGCGGCCGUACCAUUCUGCCGCCCGUCGCAAACAUUACGUCACCGUCUCCAUUGCCUGGUAUCACGCCUGGCUGGCAGUCGCUGCGCGCUGGUCCUUUGAGCCCUGCUAUGCUCAGUGGCCCCACAGGUCAGACCGACUACUUCAGCGAAUCGUUUAGAGGAUUUCCUACCCCCAACGAGUCUUCUCUGCGCACUGGUCUUACACCUGGCGGCGGUGGGUCUAUGUUUCCCGCCCCCAGCCCUAACACCCAGGCCAUCUUCAACCUUCAAAGUGCUGGUGUUACCCCUGGAACUGGUGACUUCCAGCAGGCUGCUCUGCGCGCGGCCGCCCAGGCUAACCAAAACAAGACUACGGCAGCACCCACCUCACAACCUGAUACGGCAACCGCAGGAAUGGAUCGCCAAAAUAACUAUCAACAAGCCCAGCAACAACAGCAGAGGUCUCAAAAUGAUCCAUACGCUAAUCAUGAUGUCAGCAGCGCCGCUAAUGACCUACUCUCAUUCGCAAGUCAAAACGGCGGCGGUGCUAGGAACAACCAGCCACCGUUCUCAAUGGCGCCAAACAGCCAGUCGGUGAACGCUGGUCACAUGCCUGUACAACCUGUCGGUGCUGACCACAACCGUCGCAACACCAAGGGCUCUAUCAACAGCAUGGCUUCUGCUGAUACUGGUGACUUCUCGGAGUCUGGUCAAAGUGAGCAGAACAAGGGCACUCGCACACGAGGCAAGAAGGGUGCUGCUAACGGCAAGCAAGCCGCCGGUACCAAGCGCAAAGCCGACGAUGCUCCCAAGGGUGGCCGCAAGAAAGGUGCUGCUGCGUCCAUGGACGACGAGGAUGAGUCCGACGACGAGAUGGGCAACAUGAAGGAGGAAGAGUUCGACAGCAAGGGUCGCAAGAUGACCGAUGAGGAGAAGCGCAAGAACUUCCUCGAGAGGAAUAGGGUUGCUGCCCUCAAGUGUCGUCAAAGAAAGAAGCAGUGGCUUGCCAACCUGCAGGCCAAGGUCGAGCUGUUCAGUACAGAGAAUGAUGCCCUCUCUGCUACAGUCACUCAGCUUCGUGAGGAAAUAGUGAACCUCAAGACCCUCCUGCUUGCCCACAAGGACUGCCCAGUCUCGCAAGCUCAAGGUCUUCACGGCAACGCCAUGAACAACUUCCUUGGCAGCGAUGUCAGCCACCAGAACCCUUACGGCAUCGCCCAGCUACAACACAAUGGCGUCCACCACAUGGGGAUGCCGAUGCAGGGUCAGAUGAUGAACCGGUAUGCAUACCAACCAGGUGCGGAUGAUCAACAGAACGCACGUUAUCAUCCCAUAUCUCGAGGAUAGUUGCUUACUGUCAUCCAGGUAAACAUGAUCUCGGAAGCGGCUAGGUAGAACUCUGGCUCAUCCCCAGCGGUCAUACCUACAACUCCUCCGAGGUUUGAUUCACUUUUCCGAUCUGCAUCACCCCAUCAUACCAACUUGUAAUUCAACGCACCUUAUCCUUC